AUGCUAAACUCGAAGGAUCCGGAUCUGCUCGAGCUGCGAGCGUACUUGGACAAGUUGGGAGACAAGCGCAAAUCGCCUGAAUGGACCAUUAGCUGGAACGACACAUGGUUCUCCGACAAAGUCGGGGCAACCGCAGCCCAGCACUUGGAGCCGGGGCAGUACAAGAUAGAUCGUGAUUUUGUCGUCGAUCCGACUGCAGAAGUGCGGAAAGGGAAACUCAGUGCUGCACUCUCCGCGCCGACAUUUACCUUCGCCAACGAGUCUCGCACCCACAAGCGCACGGGCGUCAUGAAGGGCAUCGUGGGUGCCGUCGACAGGGAUCUCGACACUGGUCCCGGUCAGUACCCGCUCCCGGACGGUGUUGCAGCACACAAGCGCGUGCAGCUGCCUUCCUCGACGGCUUGGUCCAUGGCUCGUGGAGACCCCCAGGAGGCUGUGAGAGAGCGAAGGCUGGCCGCCAGGGCGCCACCUCCCGGUAGUUACACUCUUCCCAGCUUCUUCGAUGAUGUCGACAGGCAGCGCCAGGAGAGCCUGGCGGGAUCUGGCCGCCAUCGACCACGGACCCAGUGGAAGAACCAGUGGAAGACCAUGUUCAGGGCCAUCCACGCAUCUCAAACAGCGAAAGGGAGAACGGCUACGUUCUGA